UAUAUGCACAAACUUUUUUUUGAGCAAUAAAUGAAGGCCUUUUCCACUUUGGUAGUAGGUUUUCUGUGUUUCUUUCUUAUGAUAUUCUUCCAAGAAUGAGUUUUAUUUGCUUGCACUGUGUGAGAUGUUCUAUCAUUUUAGAUGUUUGAAAUUGAUUUUUUUGACAGAAAAUGAAAAGGAAUCCAUGUGCUAAAGGUUGAUUGCUCUUAAUUGGUGAAUACAGGAAAAUGAAGAGGACUCGUCCUACUGUUUCAGCAAGGAAGAGGAAGGCUGACCAAACUUCAACUUCAGAAGUUGGAGGGAAAGGACGACGACAGAGGCAAAAGAAGGUUGUCAGAGAGGCCGGGGAGGAGGAGAACAGGCCUGAGGUAGAGCAACAAGCGGAGGAGGAGGCUAGGCCCGAUGCACAGAUGGAGGAGGAGGCCAGGACCGAUGGACACAUUGAGGCAGUAGAGCCAGAAGCCGAGCGACAUGAGGACGAUGCACAUACCGAGGCUUCGGUUAUACGCAGAGGGCGAGGGAGAGGGCGACAACAGAGGCAGAGGCAUGAUGAGGUUCUGGUUGGUCCAGAAGAUCCUAGCUUGUUAAAGGAUUUCAGGAAUCAUGUUGCAGCUGAUAUUUGGAAUGGUAGGAAGCGACAGUUGUUGAAAAUAUAUAACCACUCGCGUUAUCUGAAAAUUUGGGAGCUACCGACAACCAAUCGUAGGUUCAUGGGUAGGGUUACUUAUGUUUUAUUAUGUAUGAGUAGUACCAUUUGUUGUUCAUGA